AUGGGCAGCACAAACAAUGAUGAUCAACCGCGCUUCUCGUUUGGUUCAAUGGCCCUAACGGAGGAGCCAGGACGUGGACCACUCGCCAUUGACUCACAUCUUUCCCACUUGGACCCCGACCAGCUUGGUGGACAACUUAACGAAACACUCGACAAGCUACGGACAGUGGCCGUCAACGAGUAUUUCUGCCCCGAAAUAUUGCCAUUUGAAACUGAGACUAUUCAGGCAAUGAGCUCUGAAGUCAAGCAACAAACGGAACUCGUGGAGGAAGAGGAAGACGAAAGCGUCGACGCCCUUUCCUUCGAAUCACAAUUAAAACGCAUGGAGAUCGACAGAAUUAACUACCUGCUGCGACACUACUAUCGCAUGCGUAUCAAGAAGAUUGAGGGCUCCGUGCUCUUUAUUUUCAAGGACUUGAACACGUUUGAGCUUCUUUCCAAACAUGAGCAGAACUUUGCCACUGGCUACAUGGAUCUUGUCGAGGAGCAUUUCAAGAAAUCUUUUCUCUCAAUGCUACCAAAGAAAGUUCAAGUGUUGGAUAAGGAUGGCAAUGUUGACCACGCAACAGGUCCAAACUUGCACAAGUUUGUAUUCUGUAAGGUGAAGAAUUCCGUUGGCAGUUACGCUGUCGGUGAGGAAGCUGGUGACGAAACCUUGGAUCUGAAUCAGGGUGAUAUCUUAUGUAUUCGGUACAAGAGCAUUCAACAACUGCUUAUGAAAGGAGAUGUAGAUUUGAUCUAA